UAAGCCAAGCCAAAAACCAGUUGGUGAAAUAAAACCGGUCGAGUAUGAACAGAGGAAAUACAAUGGAGGAUAAAGCUGGACCUUCUUCUUCUUCCUCCUCUCUCACCGAUAAGAAGCGAAAACGAUUUGCAGACUCCGAUUCCGACUCGCAACUCGACAAUGUCAAUACAGUCGACGAAGAAGACGACGAGCUCCUCUCUCUUGAGAAGAGUCUUACAUUUAGCGAUACUUUGGUUGCUCUUCGGAUGAUGCGGGCUCAAUUUCCUAAGCUUGAGAAGGUUUCUACCAAACCCUUAAUCUUACGUUCACAACUAUACAGCAGUGUAAAAGAUAGAACUCAGGUUGACCGUGAAUUAGAGUUGUUGAAGAGGGAUAAUGUUUUGCGGGUUUUUAAACUAAAUACUGGGCAAGAUGAUCAUGCAGUGAUGUUUCUUGAUGACUACAUACACCAGAUAGACAAUGUUUCAAAGAAGAUAGGGACUAAGAAGGAAGGUGAUUUUGCUGUGUUUGGUUGGUUCAAGUCUCAUGUUAUCAUGUCUAGAUUGGAGCCAAGCAUUGCACAUCAAGAGCUUUGCUCCCUGCUAUCAGCAGGAGGAAAAUUGAAGGAUGAUCAUAUCUCUCUCUUGGUUAACGCUGGCAUGAUUACUAGACAACUUGUUGAUCCAAACAUGUACUGGUUUGCUAUUCCUAAUAUCGGUUCAAUUCUAAAGGGGAUCUCACAGGGAAGAAAGGAAUUGCUAUCAUUUCUAAAUCGCAGGAAAUACAAGGAGAUGAUGUUGGCUUCUCUAGAGAAAAAGCGCCUUCGAUUUUCUCCGCUUGAUAUGAGAUUUCAUCUUCGCGAUUUAAUUGGCUCAGGUCACCUGCGGACUUUUCAGACACCUUCCGGCAUAGUUGUUCGAGUUUUGAAGGACUAAAAGUCCGACAAGUACUCUUUUUCUUGCAUGUUUUUCUGCCAGACAACUGAAUUUGUUUGGCCAAGAAGUCAAGCUUUAAUGAUGAAAUCAAAGGCGAGGUUAAGGCAAUCCGUUGGGACCAUAAUGAUGAAUCACAAAUGUGGUGUCUUCUGUCGCUAGGCCUGUUGGCUUGAUAAACAAUUCCACUUAACAGGUGGGUCACUGCUUGAUCCUCCAGUUUCAACAUCAGAGAACUUCCAUUUGAAAACAGAGGUCAGGGGUUCAUGCAUUUAUGUUCAUUCAUUAAUAUAAUAGAACUUUUGAUUUUUUAUAUACAAAACCAGAUAGUUCUAUUGGGUUAGUAGUUUAGUACUUAUUAGAACAUUGUAAUUAUAGACAUGAGGUAGCUUCUACAGCUUGCCAAUAACUUUUUGAUCUAGGCCCUUUUUCGUUAUUUACUUAGGCUCAAGAUUUUGAUCAUUUAGCAUGAAUAAUGAUUACUUGUUUAAUAUAUUCCCAUUUUAGUUUAAAGUUUAAA